AUGCCAUACGAUCGUGAUGAGCCUGUAGAAAAGUCGAGAUCUCUUGUCGAGUCAGCAUUGAACAUCCUCGCAUAUACAGCACAUCCAGUUGCAACAUUGAGGACAGAAGCUUUUGCCAGACUACAUCCUAACGAACUUUGGUUGUCUCAAAUCACUACUGCUGGCUUCAUAACAGGAUUUGUAUCUGGAUUCUACUUGUCUGGACGGCAGAGAGGGCUACAAUUCCUAGCUGAAAAUGCACAUCGACAACCAAAAACAACAAAGGGAUGGUACAUGUAUCACAAGUAUAAGAAUUAUGAAGCUAUAUAUAGUGGUACUCUAGGAGGUGCACGUAAUGGGCUGAAAUUUGGAUUGAUUGCUGCUGCAUUCACAGUGUCGGAGCAAGUUUUGGAGAAAUAUGUGACUGGUGGUGAAAGCUGGAUGUGUACAACUGCUAGUGGAGUAUUGACUGGAGCCGGAUUUUCCUUUUCUCAUGGGUUUACACAUUCAUACCUACGUUCAGCUGUACUGAUAUCAGGUGGAUGCGGACUCUUUAUAGGAGUACUACAGGACGUGUAUGCCAUGAUUACAGGAUACAGCGUCAAGUACAUGAAUCAACAAAGAGAACACGUCGAACUGAUACCAUCAACCCUGAUAAAUCGAUUCAGACGCGACAAAUCUACUGCCAAUUGA